CUGCUUGUGGCGGCGAUCAAGCAUGGUUGCCGGCAAGGGGAGGGGCGGAGCCGCCAAUUCUUCUACCAAGAAAAAUGAGAAUACUAUUCGAAGCAACCACCAAGAACACCUUCCCCUAAUCCUGGGUGCCGCGCCUUCCUCUUCCGUCAGGAAACGUGGGAGACCCCGCAAGUAUUUUCCUAAGGAGAGUGAGAGAAAAGACGUCGAUCAACGGGAACGCAUCUCCCCAGUCAUCUUGAGCAGCGCCGCCGCCACCGCUACUGCCACCGCCGCUACCACCACCACUGCCAAGAAAAGUAAGAAAAAUCCCCAAAUUGACCGCCACGAGCACCUCUCCCAACUCACCCCUCUUCUCGCUUCCGCUAUCACCGCCGCCCACAGCUUCCUCGCCCAGAAUGAUCUUCAUCUUCACCCUUCCCAAACCCUAACCCUAGAAUCACUAAUCGCAGCCUCUGCCGUCUCUCUCACCCAAUUCAACUCUCUCAUCGAAACCCUCGUUCCUACCGAAACCGUGAAAAGCCUAAUAACCCCUCUGAGCUCUUCCUUAUCCUCAUCUUCCUGCUGGUUCCAGCGCUUUCUUUACGUUGCCUCCGACGACUCUGAUCCCCGCUGGAUGGAAGCCUUCCGAAUGUCCAAGCUCUCUUUCUAUCUCCUCCUUGAAACCCUUACUCGUUCACUGGAGUGGACAUUUCCAAAACCAGCGCAAUUUCAUAGCAUUUCACCUAGUCUUCGGUUGCCUGUGCCUUCAACGGGUAGUCGCAAACGGUAG